AUGGAGUCCAUAAUUACCAUGGAUAAUCAUCAAGAUCAGCUCACUAAUUCACUUGAAGAAGUAGAUCCACGCGAGCCAGAUGUCGGGCCAGGAGCUAGAUCGUACGAAUGCGUGUUUUGCAGGCGCGGGUUCACCACAGCGCAAGCAUUGGGUGGACACAUGAACAUCCACAGGAAAGAUAGAGCCAAGAAUAAUAGGCCUAGUAGUUAUUUGAGUAAUAACAACUCAAAUAAACAAGAUGAUCAUAGUUUCUAUGCAAACCCUAGAUUCUGCCCACAAAGUUAUAUGUCCCAAACUACUAAUAAUCAAGAGGGAAACAUUGGUUAUACGACAUGUUUUUCAUCCGCGUCAAGUGGUGUGCAGCCGGUAAACUAUGUAAACAAGCAUCAAGAUUGUCAUGGAGUGAUCAAAAGUCCAUCAAGGGAGGAAAAGAGGAUGAGUUUAAGCUUGCAGUUUGGCUGGUCACAUGGAGAAGAUCAUAGAGAAUCGAAAAGAAGAACCCGCGAACCAAGUAAUGAAGAUGAGCUGGAUUUGGAGCUUCGGCUUGGACAUGAUCCAUGA